AUGGCUACAAUAACCUUGAUUAACCAUAAUGAAUUGUUGAAAAUAUUCAAAUCCCACAUGCACAAAUUAGAAAGCGAUAAUCACGCUAUUGUUAUUAAUCCUGAUAAAACACCAGCUGGAGAACACAUUCGUAGAUUCAACGCACCUGUUGCUGACGACGUUGCUAGAAUCAUGGUUGGCAAUCGUACAGGUGCCGAAACAAACAAGAACGUUAGCUCGAAGGAUUAUUAUGCGUAUAGAUUGAUGAUUAGACGUAGGCUAGAUAACGCCAUUCUACGAUUUCGAGAGCUUUGUCAACAAUUCAUAGUCGACAUGUACGCGAAGAUAGAAGGCGAACGACUACGAUACUUACGAUAUAAUCAACUCAAGCUACGUGUGGAAGAGUACAUUCACUUGCGAGACGCUAUUGUCAACAACGCCGACGCCGCCGAAAUUGGUAACUCUGUCAUUCUACCAUCAUCGUACGUAGGCAGUCCACGUCAUAUGCAAGAGUAUAUACAGGAUGCUCUGACUUUCGUGCGCGAAUAUGGGCGACCGUGUUUAUUUAUCACGUUCACAUGUAAUCCAAAAUGGCCAGAGAUUAAAUCUUUGCUGUUGCCUGGCCAAAAUUCAAUACAUCGUCAUGACAUUACAGCAUGUGUGUUUAGACAAAAGCUGAAGUCAUUAAUAAAUUUUAUUACUAAAUCACAUAUAUUCGGUCCCACACGUUGCUGGCUGUAUUCGGUUGAGUGGAAAAAGCGAGGAUUACCUCAUGCCCACAUUUUGGUUUGGUUAAUCGACAAAAUCCAUCCUGAAGAAAUAGAUAAUAUAAUUUCUGCAGAAAUUCCCGAUCCGUUUACUGAUCAAUUGCUGUUUGAUAUUGUUACAACAAACAUGAUUCAUGGCCCAUGUGGUACUUUUAAUCGUUCAUCGCCUUGCAUGUCAGAUGGAAAAUGUACAAAAAAUUUCCCUAAAGAUUUCACUAACGAUACAAUCACAAAUGUCGACGGAUAUCCAAUAUAUCGUCGAAGGAAUCCAGAUAAUGGCGGACAAUCAUUUAAAUGGCAAGUUUUGAGGUGA